GUGCAGUGCUGGGAGCCACAAGCCUCCGGGUGGACCGGAGCUGCGACUCCUCCUAAUCAGCUGGAAACUUGAUAGCCCGGGGCGGGGAGUGGCUUUCUCCUUCCUGCUGCCGCUGCCUGAGGCUCCGGAGGCGCAGCGCUUAUAAGCCUCAGCCUAGAGGUUGCUGCUCUCCGCCCCAUCUCCUCGCCUUGGUCAGCCCCGUGAGGACAGCAGCUCCAGCCCAGGACCCUAAUGGCAGCUGAGCCCCUGACUGAACUGGAGGCUGCCAUCGAGACAGUGGUCACCACUUUCUUCACCUUUGCAGGGCAGGAAGGCAGCAAGGGCAGCCUGAGCAUCAGUGAGUUCCGGGAGCUGGUAACUCAGCAGUUGCCUCACCUGCUCAAGGAUGUGGGCCCCCUGGAUGAGAAGAUGAAGGGCCUGGACGAGAAUCAGGACUCGGAGCUCAAGUUCAAUGAGUACUGGCGGCUGAUUGGAGAGCUGGCCAGGGAAGUCAGGAAGGAGAAGCUGCUGGGGACCCAGAAGAAGUGAAGCCUGCUGGCUGGGCAGGGCCGGGCCAGCCCCCAGCCCCCAAUAAAGCUCCUCCUUGCAACAAG